AGAUAUAAUAUCCUGUUCCAGUUUUACACUUACACAAGAUGGCGGCUGUUGCACCAGUUACGGCCAUUUCCUGGUCAGAAUUCAUCGUUGACCCACCUCUCAUGUACGGACUAUUUGCCCCAACCCCUGGCAGGCUGACAUACGACCCAAACCGAGUAAAAUUUCUUCAAAACACAUCUUCAAAUGGAGGACAGAGUAAUGCAGAGGCAAGACUUCUUCAUGUUGAAACAAUUGAUGACCUUGUUCAGGUUCGUGAAGAGUUGUUCAGCAAGCCUUUGUUCAUGCGUGUUUAUACUGAACAUGUGAAGGUGGAAGAUUAUGGUCUGGUCAGAGUAAGGACACGUUGGAGAGGUGAUUUUGCAGUUCUUAUCAACACCCUUCACCCACAGAUUAGACAUCAAAUGGAACCAAAGUUUGAAGAAGCCAUGAACGAACUCAGCCAGGGUAAAAAGUUUUGUCUUGAGUUUGACCUCGGCCCAACCCUAGAGCGUUGGUAUGCUGAGAUUCUUGAUGUGGACAGUGGAUGUUCACGUUCCAAUACAAAGAGCAAAUAUACCCGCCUGUACAUCACCAACCACACAAAGUACCAACACUGCUUUGAUUGCAAUGUUAUCUGGGCAGUACUCUGUAAUGUGUGCUGGCUGAUGUCUGCUCCCUGUUAUAUGAUUCACAGGGCAUCCACAGUUACUGACAUCAUGCAUGACAUUGCAUCCCCCAUAGUUAUGAGGACACCUUUAUCAAGGGGACGGGUGGUGGAUAUUGCACCCCAAACUGACAGCCAAGCACUGCAGCAAGCCCAACAGGCCCUUAGACAGCAUGCAGAACAAGUUAGACUGCAGCAGGAGGCAGAGGCACAACACAGAGCACAACAGAUGGAACCGACUCAGCCACCUACCUAUUCAGAAGCAGUUGCCACUAGUCAGCAAGGCCAGCAGUACCAGCCACAGCAGUUUGGAGCACCACAAACCGCACAGCCUGUUCCUCUAUUACCACCUCCUCCUCCAUCAGGAAAGCUGGCCUAGUGUAUGUGUACCCGCAGCCUCAGCCUCAGACAUGGACUGUCUUGUUAACUAGCACCACCUGCUCUACUUCAAAUCUGGGUUCUGAGCUUCACUAGACUGAAUUGGUAUCUGUCUGUCAGCCAUUGGGCUUCCAAAGGAACAAUACGCUUUUGGUUUCAGAAGAAGAUGGCAAGAGCGGGAUCUAACAGGUUCCUCAAGGUUAUAUGAAAAGUGUUUUGUAUAUUCAGUUGGAGUACUACAUUAUCUACUUAGAAAUAUGCUUGAAUUUUUUGACAGUUGUUGGAUGAAAUGAUUUAACUGUAGUCUACCUAAUUGGAAACUAAAAAAUUAACCCAAGAGCAAACCAAAUUAAUAUCAGAUGGCAACUGAUUUGUUUAAAUUAUUUAAUUAUAUUUUAAUGUAUUCCAUACAGAUAUGGUUAUCUGAAUGUGACCAAAUCUUAUUCACAGAUAUUUGAUAUUUUUGCUAGUGUGUUGUAUUUUCAGUACAUUGACUGCAGCUCUAUUUAAAUGUGGCUAUUGUGAUAGGCCUGAUAACAGUUUAAAAAUAUACUGUACAUUUUUGAAAAUGCCUCAGUGUAAUAUUUUUAAGUCUAGAUAUCCUGUAAAUUUCCCCCAAUUUAAACCUUAAUUUAAUAAAGUGAUAAAUACCUUCAAUUAAAAAUGCCUGAUGUCAGUGUUUUCUUCUGAUAUGUUAGGAAAACAGUCUAAAUCGAUUGUGAAGUGUUCAGGGCUUAUUAAUUAUAUUGAAAAUGGGAGAAAAACAUUGAAUCCAAGUGUAAGGAUAGGGUAAAGCUAUGAUUUAUGAAAAGGAAAAAAAUGGUGAGGUAAAUUAGAUUUGGUGCAAAAAUCAAGUAUUAGAUACCUUUAAGUAUGGUGAAGGUCAGAUGUUGGAAGCAGACAGUUGUCACUGAUAAAGAGAAGGUUGGGGUAAAUUGAGGUGAUUCUAGGAAAACAUAACACCAUUGCUUAACCCAGAUGCCCAGCUCAUAAUAUGUAAAUAAAGAAGUAUAAAAUAUGUGAAAUAUGCUAAUAUGUGCAAUAAGUUGUUUCAACAUGGCUACAGCAGUUGAAAUUUGCCCUUCCAAUAGUUCAAUUCAUACAUGUAACUGUUAACACUUGUCUAUCUUGGCUCUUGUGUGUGAUAUUUGCAUUUAUACAUGUCAAAUGAAUUGCCUGUCUGCAAUUUUAUUUGCUUGAUCAUGACCUUGAAACUAGGUAGAUUGUUGACAGUUGAUAACCCUAAAUUUUGGAAGCAUUUAACCUACCAUCAUGCCUGUAGUAUGGAAUCAACAGAUAUAUUUAGUGAGUUGGGUGUAAUAAUCUGACUGCAAGUUUGAUUUAUUCUAGAUUAAGAUGUAUUGAUAUCCAAGUAUCCACACGAGAAUGUAAUUCAUUUUAAUGAAUGUUUACUAUGAAAUUGUAUAUAUAGUUGAUUAAAAUGUAAUGGUACAGGUAGGGUAGACAUAUACAUUUUCUUCAAUUACAGUUGGUUGUAUAAUCAAUGAAACACUUCAAAAGAUAUUUUUUCAGAAGUAAUAUUCUUGUAUUUGACUGUAAUAAUUGGAUGGUUUACUGCCCGAAUAUGAUGCUUUUCAGUGUUAUCCAAGAAAUAUUAUAUAAACUUAUAAUGAUAACAACAGAAUUUAAUUAGAUGUGUUAAAUUAUAUUCAAGAAUCAUAUUAUUAAAGAACUUUUUAGAUUGUGUACUGUGACCAUAACAGGCCCAUAGCCAGUUUUUUUUUUUUUUUUUUAAUUACUGGCUAUGGGCCUGCAUAAGUACAUCAUCAUGCUGGAAUAACCUGCUUAUUCACCUGAUCUUGCUUCUUGUGACUUUUUCUUUUCCCUAUGCGCAAAGGGGUUAUCAAGGGGACCUGUUUUGAAGGCCCAGAGGCCAUCAAGAGUGCCAUAAUGAAGGGGCAGAUUGACAACCCAGAAUUUUUCCAGCAGUACUUAAAAAGAUAGCCAGAGAAGGUUGGAAAGUGCAUAAGACUGGAAGUCUAUAAGUUUAGAGGGGAAGACAUGUAGUAUGUUGUUUGAAAUUCAGAUAAAUUGUUACUACACCAAUCCUGAUAUUUAUCAACCUCUUCUCAAGUGAGUUGUUAGGGAUUAUCUCAGUUUUUUGCAUUUAAGAGUAUAUAUAGGUUAGGUUUCCAUACAUAUGUUACACAAACAAUCUGAUCUACUUGACAUUCUGUAUAUUAUCUGAUGCAAGUCUAUAAACAUAUCAGAUUUGUGAUUUUUUCCAGAAAUUGUAAGUUAAGUUACAUCAAAGUUAUUAUUUUGCAUUCCUUGCCAAAUAUGAUGAUUGAUAAUUCACUGUAUAACAGCAAAUGUUUGUAUCCAAUUUAAAGGAAACAUUAUUUAUCUUAAGAAUGUGUUAAGAAUACUAAAAAAAUCAUAUGACUGUAAAAUUGUCAAAUUAAAAAUGGUAUUACAAAUAACACAUUUUUCUUAUAUUUGCGUUAAAAAUAUUAAAUAUUGUUGAAAUCCUGAUUACUAGAAUGUUUGUAUCCAUUCCUAUAGAAUUAAAACUGUUGUUUUAUA